CAAACCUUACGUAAUCUACGUAAGCAAACAUGGCCGUUGACUGCAGUUGACUUUUUUGGCCAUGUGAAAUACAGCUGAAAUGGCAAAGGUUCAAACACCAACUAAUAAUUCGGGGAAAUCCGCUUUUAAGAAGAAAAACAAUGGACAACACUCCAAGAAGGCCAAAAGCAACUACUGUACACUGUGUCGCAUGAUCCAUUUGAAAGAUGAAGCACAAGAUCAUGUGCAUGGUAUGCUGCACCACAGAGAGCUGGAGACAGUGCUGGGCACGAAUUCAUUUCAUGAAUGUCAGGCAUGUAACGCAUCCUCCAUGGGUCUAAAUGAGUAUGCUCGGCACAUCUCCACCCCUCAACACAAAGCCAAGUUGCACAGCUUAAAGCAUUUAAAAAUAAAGCCCCUACCUCUGUUCAAGACUCUGAGCGAUGAGGCCAUGAACUUGAUCCUGGAGAGAAACAAGACCCUGAAAAAAGAGGAGAAGAAAGCAGGCAAAAGGAGGAAAAGGAAAAAGAAGCAGGAAUAUGAUCAGAAGCGUGCAGAAGUGCAAGGAAAAAACACAGUGGUGUCCAAAGCAGUGUUAAGGAAGAACAAACAAGUGAACAAUUGGAAACUGCAACAGGGAACCUUCCAGCAAGGAAGAACCCUUGUUGUUGUUCAAAACAAAGAGAAUAAAUUGUCCAGUGUGAAAAGGCUUCUUCACCAAGGAGAAUCAUCUCUGCCUAAUCAAAGCGGAAGAUUGUCUUAUUUGUCAGCAGAGCCGGGUCACACUCAACAUUACGUUCCUGUUCCCAAGUGCGCCCAAUCAGCUCAGCAGUUCCCCCAAAGAGACCUACAGAAUGACUAUUACAACAAGCAAUACGAUGGAGACUUCACCAGUGAUCACCUUCCUCACAACGGAGCUAUCAUAUUUGGUAUUUGCCAGGGUGAGAGUUCAGGAGGUUCUCCUUCAGAAAAGGAAGCUUCAGCUCAACCUUCUCAGACAAACGAAUCCACAAACGCAGCUCCGAUACGGGACGUGGACGUCAGCGCGAUGCUGCGGCAGAUCAGGCGCGCGCUGGGUGUGAGGGAGCCGUGUCGGGCCGAUCGUGAAGCUCGGAAACAGAGCAGUGAGACGGGGGUGCAAACUAAAGCUGGGAGACAGCAGCAGGCACGGUGCUCCUUCAGGAACAAAGCCAAGGAAACUCCCAUUCAUGUUGCCUCUGCUGCAGCUACAUCUAUGCAAUUUUCAUACGACAACAGCCCUGCUUCUUCCUCCACUGCUGGUGCUGGUCCAUCUAACGUUGCUCCUAUGUGGGAAAAUGUGUCAAAUGGACCAACUUUAGCCCGCAAGGUUCGAAUUGCCCGUGAUUCAGCCACAGUUCAGGGAGGAAGAAUGCCUGUGCCUAAACCAACUAUAAAUAAGACGUUUAGCUUAUCAGUCCCUAAAGGCAAGUCAAACUGGAGGGAGAUGUAUGAGGACAGGAAGAGGAAGAAGCAGGAGAGAGUCAAAGUCAGGCCCAGGUUUGGAAUUGAGCUUACGAAGCGUCAUUCUGAAAAUGAGAGUUCAACACGAGCAGAGGGAAUCGACACGAGUCUGUCCGAGGGCUUUCACUGGGAGGCUGUCUCAGACACUCUGUCAGGCGCACACUGGAACGAACUACCUCCUCCACCCCAGAACGCAACAUAUUACGAGUCUUACACUGAGCCGCAGUCAGAACCUCAGAGGCAGGAGCCAUCGGAGCAGCCCGACGCAGCACAGGAAGGCUGCAGCACUCACACCGUCCAAGCUGUCCGUGUGAAGGUGGAGUCGGACGUAGCGUUUGUAGAUUUGAGUGCCGACAGUGAUACCAGCAAGAGGAAACGCAAAAUGUGCGAUGGCUUGGCUGAUAACAAGCCAAGUGGGAAAAAAAAGAAAAGAAAGUCAGACAAUGAGCAGGGCCAGAUGGACCAGCUGCUGGCUGUGUCUCUGAGGGAGGACGAGCUGAGCCACUCGUUGCAGAAUUUCGACGUGUCUCUGAUCCAAGCCCGCAACACCCUACAGGCCGCCUACGCUGAAGUCCAGAGACUCCUGCUACUGAGGCAGCAGUUCACUCUUGAGGUCAACCAUCUCAGAGCCCAGCGCAUUGAAAUCCUGCAAGGGAUGAAAGAAAUACACAAAGCAGCAUCUGACGUAGAGAAAUCCCCCCUUUUACCUGCAGCCCCUUCUCCCACUGUGCAACCAAGACUCUCCCCUCUGCCUUCCUCCAGUUUCUUCCCCUGCUCCCCCUCCGCCCCCCCGAUCCGGCAACCAUCGCCAACAAACACACCCGCUUCCAUUAGCCCGCUCGCCCUCCCAACCAUACCAGUAAUGCAAGACAUUUCCCAGCCAUCCACCUCUGGACAAGCCAUUCAAAUUGUCUCCUGUAUCUCUGACACACAUCAGGUUCCUGUGAAGUCUCCCGUCUCCUUGUUACCUUCUGAUUUCCUCCCUCCACACUCAGCUUCUCCUCCAAUGGCUGUCCCCUCUUUCAAACAACCUGCAACAGAGUGCUCUACAUCAGAAAAUACAAAUCAUUUUCCGAAAUCAUCUCUCAGGCAGGAGAGCGUGAGGUCAGUGAGACAAGACGAAGAAAAAAAGGUAGAUGACAAUGACUGUGUGGAAGAGAUUGGAGAUGUUGUUUGCAUCGAACCUAUUCAAGAAAAACAGCCAGAAGCAGAAAAGCCCGUCUCCACUCCUGUACCAAAAGAAGAUCUAAAUACAUCCGUUGUAGUAGACAACGAUGGAGGGAACGAGAGCGACACCUCUCUCAAACUCAUUGAGUCCCCCGUCUCGGUGGUCAUUAAUAUCGAUGAAUCGGACUGUGAGGAAGUACAGAAUGUUCCCGUCCAGCCGGAGCCUCCUCAGAGCUCUGUCAGUGUGGAGGUCAGCUGUUCAGGCACACAGACGAUCCCGCAAAAUGAAGUUGAGAGAAAAUGUCAGCCUACACUUAAAGUUGAAGAUGUAAAGAUUCCUUCAGAGUGCAUUGAAGUGUCCGAGGAUCAGGAGCCAUCAGUUGGAGUUUUUUCUAACCACACCGGCCCCGUCCACGGCCUCAAUGUUCACGACGGCCGCUUGUACACGUGUUCAGGGGACAACACAGCGCGGGCCUACUGUCUCAUGACUAAGGAGUGCCAAGCAGUGUUUGAAGGUCACACCAACAAGGUCAACUGUCUGCUGGUGUCGUCCUCCCCUAACACUCUGGCUCGUCUCUACACCGGAUCCAGUGACCAGACCAUCCGCUGCUUCAGCAUAAAGACCACACGGUGUCUGGAGCAGAUCACGCUGUCAGACAGAGUGCUGUGUUUGCACUCUACCUCCAACAUCCUGUAUGCUGGACUCGCUAGUGGAUCAGUGGCUAGCUUUGACUUAAAGACUCUGAAGAACUUGGAUGUGUUUGACUGCCACGGCCCGCGCGGGGUCAGCUGUCUGGGCACGGCUCAGGAAGGCGCCCGCCGGGUGCUGCUGGUCGGCUCCUACGACAGCACCAUCAGCGUGCGGGACGCCAAGAACGGCCUGCUGCUGCGCACGCUGGACGGCCACACCAAAACUGUCCUCUGCAUGAAGGUGGUGAACGACCUGGUCUUUAGCGGCUCCACUGACACAUCGGUUCAUGCUCACAACAUCCAUACGGGUGAGUUGGUCCGAAUCUACAAAGGUCACAAUCAUGCCGUCACAUCGAUAGUCAUCCUGGGGAAAGUGAUGGUGACAGCCUCUCUGGAUAAGAUGGUCCGAAUUUAUGAGCUGCAGUCCCAUGACCGCCUGCAGGUGUACGGGGGUCACAGUGACAUGGUGAUGUGCAUGGCCGUACAUAAGAGUGUGAUCUACACGGGCUGUUAUGAUGGCUCCAUCCAAGCUGUGAAGCUCAACUUGAUGAAGAACUACCGCUGCUGGUGGUGUAACUGCACUCUGAUCUUCGGCAUGGCGGAGCAUCUCUCUGAGCACCUCCUCAGAGAUCACAGCAACCCAAACCUGCAGGCGAUCAAGUGUCGCUGGAGAGGCUGCAGCUCGUUUUUUGGCACACAGCAGGCUGUUAGAGAGAAGCUUCCAGAACACAUGCAGAGCCACGUGGAGAAAGACAGUGAGGUGUAGCAGCAGUGGAGCAGCGGUGGAGCUGAAGAGACUCAGCAUAUGCGGUUGGAGUCCCAUGCGUUAUAGUACUUAACUGAACCCUUGGUUUCAAAGUUCUUUUCAGGGUUUUGGGUUAAAUCUUUCUGUUGAAUUCAAAUGGGAGGUCGUCUUCUGUUCUCUAGCUAUAAAAGUACUAUUCACAUCUCUUUGGUUUUGUGUGUACUCUGGGGUCUCUGUUGACAGUCCGCUUGUCGUUGAUCCCUGAAUGAUUACAUUUAUUAUCAGUUAUUUGAGUGUAAAAGGUUUUAUUUAUGUUUUUUUUUUUAUGAACUGUGAAUUAAUGACUUUUAUAAAGCUACCUUUCUCAGAAACAGAAAUGUCAUUAGUAAAUACAAAGCUACAUUUUACAAGCAUUUCUACAACUAUGCUGCAUUGGCUGAAACACCUCCGAAACCUAGGGCUAAUAUUUAGCAACCCGAUCCUACUUUAUUAGCGAUAAUACAAUUUGAUAUGAAGGUAUUUUCCUGUAAUAAUUUCUCCAUAAUGACUUCCUGACUCAGACUGUUGUCUUAUGCUUCAUUACAUAUUGAUCACUUUUACAUUGUUACAUUUCAGAGAUGAACGGUAGGCAUCGUACUUGUCCCCUGUAUCCCUUCAUAUGUUUGAGAACUUUGUUUUUGGCAAUGGAAGAAGUGGAGGUGAAAGUUGUAAGACCAAACUGUCCAGAGUACCUUCUAAGAGAGCCGUUUUAAAGUCAUGCCUUCAUUUUUCUAUGUUAUACUGUCCACUGUACAGUGUGUAUUUGAUUUGUGUUUCAUACCUACUGUAUGUGUACAGCAGUAAAAAAUAUAAUCUAGAAAA